AUGCCACAGGAUAUAGAUGAAGAUGAAGAACGAAAUGAAGAAAGCGAAGAAGAUCUGGUGGAUGUUGUAGACGUAGUCGUAGAGCCGAUCAAACCAAGCCCCAGCGACGAGGAUGAAGAUCUAGUAGUUGAUGUAGAUGACGAAGGGGUAGAAGAUCUCGUCGAAGUGGUUGUCAGUAAAAGGGCAGUAGAAGUUCUAGCUAUUGACGUAGAGGAUGAAGAAGAGAAUAAAAGGGCAGAAGACCUCAUUAUCGCUAUUGUGGGGGAAGAGCUCGUUGAAGUGGUUCUCGAUGAAGGGGAAGUUGGAAGGGUAGAAACUCUAACCGUUGACGAAGAGGACGAAGAGGGGAGUGAAAGGUUAGAAGAUCUAAGUAUUGGCGUAGAGGAUGAAGUGAUAAUAGAUCUAGUUGUUGAUGUGGUGAGAGGGGAUGUUAUUGAAGUAAUUUUCAAUGUAGGGAGUGUGGAACCUGAAUAA